AUGCCUGUAAUUUACUCAAAGGGACCGACAGCCCAGCAAUUAUACGAAGAGAUUGCUGCUGAAAACAAUAUGAGAGAAGUCGUUGCAAGUAUCUUGCGGGGAGUUUUUGAGGAGGAGGUCAAUUUUGCCCUUGUUUCGGACGGGAAUAUCAGCGUCCCCAACGCCCAACGCCCAACCACUAGGCGCCUCAGUAACGAGGCCCCCAUGUGCGUCUUUGACGACCCGCUCGCAGAUUACGGCGUACUGGCACCAUCUAUCGACCUCGUCAGAAGGUCAAGGUAUCCUACUAGUACCUUCAGUAAUCUCCGCGGGAUGGCCCGCUUACGCGCCAUCGCACCUCCCGCCAUCGUCACUGAUGUGCUCGAUGUCGAGUCCUUCAUGGAACUGGCAUGCAUAUCUGUCGACCCGGCCCCAAUUACCACAUCAGGAGUUGAGCCACAAGUUAUCGCCUCAACCGUAGUUCAAGAAUUACAGGAGGUUGGUGCAAUAGGAGCACAGGCGAUGGUGGGCGUCGCUUUGCCGGCCACUCCACCUGGUGCGGCAAUUGUCGAGGCACAAAAGAGCGGGAGGUCUCCGCCAGACUAG